CUUUCAUGUUCGAAGGUGAGAUGAGCAACUGAGGGUCGUUCAAGUUCUUCACGCGCCGCUACUUGGAUUUGGUGAUUCACAAUUUGACCAAGUUACCUUGGCUUUGAUCUCUAUACGGAAUAACUGAGGAGUUCUGGGGUGUGUGACAUCUGAGUCUCUUGGUCAUGGUUUCUGAGCGCCGGUAUAUAAAUCUAGAGGAUGCACCACUUCAAAUCUUUCAACUCUCCACAAUGCUUGCUGCUGAAAAGAUAGCCUUGAAGGAGAAAUUGAGGAGUGAACUUGCCCAUGUUAGAUCCGCAACUGGAAGACUUGAAGCAGACAAUCAGAAAAAAUCGUCUGACUCUGAACAGCAGUUGUUGUUAGUGGUUGAAAGCGAUCAGAUUACUUCUGUUAAACCCCAGAGAAAAUCGGAUAGGGAUAAACUGUCCAAAAACUCAGACAGUUGUGCUGAUGAUAUGGUGACAGUUGAAUCCAAGGUGAAAGCUGCUAUGCCGUGUUCCAAUAAACGGCCUUCAAGAAUGUUGGACGUUCAAGUGGGAAAGAAAAGGAAAAUGGACAGUUCUGUGAUUCAGCAGUGUUCUAGCAUUCUGAAGAAGCUUAUGAGUCAUCCAGCUGGUUGGGUUUUUAAUCAACCUGUUGAUCCAGUGGCAUUAAAUAUCCCUGAUUAUUUCUCAAUCAUCUUGAAACCCAUGGACUUGGGUACAAUAAAGUCCAAAUUGCAGAAGAAAUCGUACUUGAGCAGUCAAGAGUUUGCAGCCGAUGUGAGGCUGACAUUUUCUAAUGCCAUGUCAUAUAAUCCGCCUUCCAAUAAAGUUCAUCUCAUGGCCAAAAAACUUAACACCACCUUUAAUUUGGGAUGGAAGUCCCUUGAAGCUAAAUGGAAUGGUGAAAGUACAAAGGUUGGGCAGCAGUCCAUUUCCAAUGAAAAGCCUAAGAAAGCCCGCAAUGCAAGUUGUCAGGAAACAUCUGCCUCAUCUGUAAAUCCAUUACCUAGGAGAUUGAUGUCUUAUGCAGAAAGGCAGAAGCUGAGAAAGAAUCUAAUGGAAAUAUCAAAGGGGAAAAUUCCUAUGGCCUUGCUUGAUUUUCUUCGGAAACUUGGUCUGAUUGGUCAAAAUGAAGAAAAAUUUGAAGUGGACAUUGAUGCGUUUGACGAUGAGACAGCAUGGGAAUUUCACAGAAUCUUGAGGAAUUGUCUUGAUGUGAGAUUGACUGAUGUGCGGUCUGUUGGGGUGACAAAUAGUUGUGGACAUGACUCUUUUAAGAAGGGAUUCAAUAAAGGAAAUGAUACUAGACGUUCAUGUGACUCUGCCAAUAUCAAGCUGCGCAUGAGCCCUGUUGCUUGUGUGAGUAGCUCACGUGGUGGCCUCAAUGAGAUAGCCCAAGCUUCCUUGAGUGAUAUUGAUUCGGACAGGUCAUCAGGUAGAGAUAAUCGAGCAUUUCGUGGUGGUGGUGUGCUCAACCCAGGUUGUGUGGCAAAUGACAGAGCAAACACCCGCACUAGCAAGUCAGAUCCUGAUUCUGAUGGGGCUGUAAGUACCAUGGAUGAAGAAAAUAUUCAAUUGACUUCUCUCCCUCCUACGCCUGCUAGGGUUGCUCUUUCUGGAGAAGAGAGUGAGGACCCCCUUUAUGAUGGGCAAAUGUCACCAAGCAAGGCUCUUCGUGCUGCAAUGUUGAAGAGCCGCUUUGCUGACACUAUCUUGAAAGCACAACACAAGACACUCCUAGACCAUGGUGAGAAAGCUGAUCCAGCAAAGAUGCAACAGGAGAGGGAAAGAUUGGAAAGGAAGCAGCGUGAAGAACAAGCUAGGCUUGAAGCUCAGAUUAGAGCAGCUGAAACAGCCUCACGUUUGAGGGCUGAAGCUGAAUUGAAAAGUCAACGAGAAAGGGAAAGAGAAGCUGCACGGAUUGCAUUACAGAAGAUGGAGAAAACAGUUGAAAUCGACGAGAACCAAGAGAUUCUGAAAGACAUUGAGAUGUUGGGUGGAUAUUCUCAACUGAAACAGAUCGACAAUGAAGCUUUGGGAGGUGACAUUGCAGAUGGGCUUGAGGUCAUGCUUGGAUCAUUGGAGGGAGGUAAUGCCUUAGAGCGAUUAGGUCUAUUUAUGAAGGAUGAUUAUAUGGAAGAAGAAGAUGAAGAAGAGGCAGUCCUGAAUGGAGAUGUGGAGGAGGGGGAGAUUGGUUCAUGAGCAUUUAUUUUGGUAUUAGGUUCUUGUCACAUUUAAUAUGGGUAUUAAUAUAUAUGGCAGAAGAUGUGUGAGAGAGAGAAAGAGGGUGCAACUAUGUGUAAAUAAUUCAUUUUUGAGGGGGAGAAUGAAGGGCUCGUGUUAUUGUUUUUUUAAUUAUAUCUGAAUGGACCCUUCCAUGUAAAAUUGUAAAGAACAAUGCUUAGCAAGGGGGAGAAGGAAAAACUAGUCAAUUUUGCUAAAAUAUAGAUGGUCUGCAAUUUUCUCCUUACCUUGUCAUUCUUGAUUUGAAAUUUCAGCUGGAGUUCAUAAACUACCAAACUCUGGCCGGUGAUUUAG